ACGGAUCGGGAUUAGCACACCUGUUCUUGAUGAGCUGACAGGCAAAAGGUGGGGCAUGACUGUAUGGAUUGUUUGCAUAAAGAGAGGAGUCCUUGCGAGUCCGAGUGGAGCCAGAUGUAUCGUGGAGGCUUUUGUGAGCCGAAUCCGCAGGGCCGCCCGGUGACUCUGCACCUUCUGGCCAAUCCGGGCUGUGGGGGCGGGAUCCAGAGGACGGUGCGGUUGGUUCUGCAGGCCUUGGUCCCGUCCCCGCCCGCUCCAGCGCUGAUUUGGGUGUCGGAGCGCGAGCUGCAUCGAGACCCCCCCCACAUGGAAGCUGUGCCCCCCGGGCUCCCCCCUCAGCCCGCCCUGGUGGUGGUGCUGUUCCUGAGGGAGGAAGAGGAGGAGGAGGCCGUGGGGGAGAACCGUGCGCUCCGGCUCCUGCGGGCGCACCUGUCUCGUCCGCCGUGGCGGUACCACCACACCGAGCUCCUGCCCCCGCACAGGCGAGGGGUCCGCCCGUACCACCCCGGGGGCCAGGACUUCUACAGCCUGGGAGGGGCGCGGGACCUGCCCCUGUGGGCCGUUCGGCAGGUGCACUACGGGCACGAGGCGGUGCGCUACACACUGUACUGUCACCACGCCUCCUUCGCCCUUGCUGUCGCGCUCUACGCCGCCAUUUUGGGCCGGCAGCCGGCCGCAGAGCGGGACGGGUUUGUGUGUUUCUCCCUGUUCCACCCCCGCUCCGGGUGCGAGGUUCAGCUGGCCCUGAAGCGUCUCCCCCCUGAAUCACGCCCCUCCCGCCUGACCUCUGCCCUCCUGGAGUUCAGGGUCAGCGACCUCUGGGCCCUCCUCCCACUUCUGCCCCACCCCUGCACCCCCAUCAGUGGCCUCCGCUGGCAGACUCGGGACCACGAUGGGAACAAGAUCCUACUGCAGAUCAGGGAGCACUCAGCUGUGGAGUGCGGGAGUGGCCGUGUUUCUCUCCACUCUCUCUGCUCCUCCAGUCCCAGCUCCCUGUCAGAGACCUGCUUUCAGCACUGCGCUCAGUCCCUGUCAGAGACCUCCAGAACACACACCUGCUUUCAGGACUGUGCUCAGUCCCUGUCGGAGACCUCCAGAACACACACCUGCUUUCAGCACUGUGCUCAGUCCCUGUCAGAGACCUCCAGAACACACACCUGCUUUCAGGACUGCGCUCAGUACCGGACCUAUAGGUGCCAGAGAGAGAGUGCCGUUGGGUCUCCUUCCUCUCCGGAGGUCCUGCGUGGAGUAUCUUUCACCUCCUCUUCCUCCUUCUCCUCCAGCCCCCCGGGGUCCCCCUCCUCCAGCUCUGUGUCCCCUCACCCGCUCCCCCCGUGCUCCUAUAAGGCUGACCCCCGGUCAGACUGCCUCACCCUGGGUCACCAGAAACAGCCAAGUCCCAGGCUUCUGAUAGGCCAUAGCGCAUUCAGGAGGGUGUUGCCCUCGGCAACAAACUUCCAGCCUAUCCAAGAGCAGAGGACAGCUUCCCCCUGCCUGUCGCCUGGCUGCCACUCAGAUGAAUUCUACAUUUAACCACGACCGGGGGUUGAAUAACCGCAAGAACCAGCAGACUGCAUUUUAUCCGAUGGAAGAACAUGGGACAUUUAAAUGCGCAUUAUUUGUUUUUUCGUCUUGAAUGACGGAGAUAUUUACAUUAGUCCCCAUUGUUUUCAGUUUACAUUAUUGUCCCAUUGUGGUACAUAUGCAUUACAUUACAUUACAUUACAUUAAUGGCAUUUGGCAGACGCUCUUAUCCAGAGCGACGUACAACAAAGUGCAUACCCAUAACCAGGGACAAGUGCGCUGAAAGACCCUAGAGGGAAGUACAAUUUCAACUGCUACCUGUACAACAAAGAUAAGGACCAGGGCCCAUUUGAAUUUUUUUUUUUUUUUAAACAAACAAAUAAACAAACAACAAAACAAAAGUGACCAAACUUAACUAUCCAAACACUGCUUACCUAGCCAACUAAAAAUACCGAUACACAAAGUAAAUCACAGAAAGACAACAAUUAAGGUUCACAGGGAGGUAGGGAGGGACGGGGAGAGGUGCUGCUUGAAGAGGUGCGUCUUCAGUUUGCGCUUGAAGGUGGAGAGAGAUUCUACAGUUCUGACCUCAACGGGGAGUUCAUUCCACCACCGUGGAGCCAGAACAGACAGUAGUUGUGAGCGUGAGGUGGAGGUUCGGAGAGGGGGAGGUGCCAAGCGGCCUGAGGAGGCUGAAUGAAGAGGUCUGGCAGGGGUGUAGGGUCUGAUGAUAUGCUGUGGUGAGUCCGGCCAACUGUUCUAAAAUAGUAUGAACAACAGUAUAGAUUGUCAAAAUGCAACAUGUGUCAAUACAACCAAUGCACCAAU